GCUCGGGUUGUUGGCUAAUUACCUGCUCCUCCAACCGCUGGAUUUCGGCUUCAUUUUCUUUCUCAUCUUCCGACGAAUCGUCCUCUUCGUCGUCUGAAUUGUCUAUCCCCAUGCCCUCCUCCUCUUCCUCCUCCUCUUCGUCCGAUUCCAUCUUCUUCUCCGCCAUCCCUGCGUCUUCCUCCUCCAUAUCUUGCAACUGCGUUUCCUCUGCGUUGCUCGACGCUGCCAUGUUGAAAAUGCCGUCUGCCUGGUAACAAGCUAACAAGCCAGGAGUGUAGUGAGAGGUGGAGCCUGGUGGAUCCCCUGACAUGUAAGGGCUACUGUUAGCCACUAGUAGGGGCUCCUUCCUUGGUGACAGCUUCCUUUUUCACCUGUUUGUCAACAAAAAGUGGUCCUUUUGACUCGCGCCCACUCGUUGAUUUCCGUCAAUAUUCGGCAUCUGAACAUGGCGACUGUCUCCUUACGAAACUCUGCGUCCUCGCUGUUGUUAUUUAGCAGAAGAUUAUUCAGCCCGCAGCUGAAUUCCCUCUGUUCAUAUCACAAAAAGGUGGUGGACCACUAUGAAAACCCAAGAAAUGUAGGCUCUUUAGACAAAAAUAAAAAGAAUGUGGGGACUGGUUUGGUGGGUGCACCAGCCUGUGGCGAUGUGAUGAAACUUCAGAUCCAGGUAGACGAAACUGGCAAGAUUGUUGAUGCAAGAUUUAAGACAUUUGGCUGCGGAUCAGCCAUUGCCUCCAGUUCUCUAGCAACUGAGUGGGUGAAGGGGAAGUCUGUUGAUGAAGCUCUGAAGAUCAAGAACACUGACAUUGCCAAAGAACUCUGCCUUCCUCCAGUCAAGCUUCAUUGCUCUAUGCUUGCAGAAGAUGCCAUAAAAGCAGCGCUGUCAGACUACAGACUAAAACAACAGGACAAGAAGGAGGAACGUGUACAAGCCACCAGUUAAUAUGUUGUUAUUAACUGUCCAUUAUGAACCCUGUAAUGCCUCACUGCAGUGCUGUUUGGAAGAUUCAGUACCGUAAUACUACAACAGGUCUUGCACCCUUCUGGGAGUUUUAUACUCUUUAAAAAUCUCCAGGUACAAGGGUUGUGGGGUCACUCUCUUGAAUUCAAGUUAAGACUAUAUUGUCCAAGUGCCAGAUGUUUAUGGUGUUUGCUUGUCAUCAGAUGAUCAGAAAUUAUUUCAUAAUUUAAUUUGGAGUAGGAAGUUCAUGAUGAAGAAUUUUGAAAUAUAUCUGAUCCUUAAAUUUAAACAACGUAGCUCAACAGUGUUGCUACUCUGCAGCACGUUUUUACACAGACCAAGAUGCAUCAUAAAACUGCUGGUUGAGAUGUGUUUUUUGUUUUGUAUAUUUUUUGGCAUUUGGGCUUUAUUUGGUUUGAUUGUAUAAGAUUGCCGGUCUCUUGAGGAGGGUUUAGUGUGAAAAUGCAGUUAGUUCAUCAGCCAAAGGACACAUACAAAACAUAAUACAGAUUAUUGUAUGAGACCAUGAGCUUAUUGUGAAUUAAAUAAAAAAAAACAUUUUCAGUG